AUGACACCAAUAACACCACCACCAUCGGUAUUAAAUACCGAUAUUGUUAAUAUUAUAUGUUUUGGUUGUCAACAAACACUUUCAACAUCACCAAUCAUUGCCUCUGUUUCCGGUUAUCAUAAUUGGCAUAUAAAUUGUCUUUGCUGUACAAAAUGUGGACGACAAUUAAGUCAAUCACGUUCUUGUUAUAUACGUAAUGGUCGUAUUUAUUGUAAAGAUGAUAAUUGUAAAUUAAUAAUAAAAUGUUCAAAAUGUGAUCGUAUUAUAUCAUCAAAUGAUUGGGUACGUCGUGCCGGUUUACUUGUUUAUCAUUUAGCUUGUUUUGCAUGUGAUCUUUGUCAACGACAAUUAUCAACUGGUGAAAAAUUUACAUUAGAAAAACAACAACAACAACCAUCAUCAUUAUUAUUAUCACCACCAAAUUCAAUAAAUUCAAAUUCAUCACAAACAACUUUGAUUAAUAAUCAACAACAACAACAACAACUUAGUUAUCGUUUAGUUUGUAAAUUACAUUUUGGUAUUGAUAAUAUAACAAAUAUUGUUCCUUCUUCAACAAAUCAAUCAACACCGACAUCAACCACAACAACAACAACAACAACAUUAAAUAAUAAACGUAGUCAUUCUAGUCUAUCAUCAUCAUCAAGUUCAACAAAUAAUUUAAAUCAUUCAAAUAAUUCAAAUCAUUCAAAUACAAAUAAUUCAAAAACAAAACGUGUACGAACAACAUUUACUGAAGAUCAAUUAUCAGUAUUACAGGCCAAUUUUCAACAAGAUUCAAAUCCAGAUGGACAAGAUUUAGAACGUAUUGCAACAUUAACCGGAUUAUCUAAACGUGUUACACAGGUUUGGUUUCAAAAUUCACGUGCAAGACAGAAAAAAUUUAUGAAUAAAUCAACAGUAUCACAUCAUUCACCUCAUUCACAUUCUCAUCCUUCUCAUCCAUCAUUAUCACAUUCAUCUCAAACAAAUCAUCAUCAUCCGCAUCAUCAUUCACAUCUUCCGCAUCAACAACAUCCGGUGAUUCAACAACAACAUCAACAACAACAAUCAAAUGGUAAUGGUUUAUGGUCACCAGGUACAACAACAACAACAUCAUCAUCAUCAUCAACAAAUAGUCAAAAUAGUCAAAAUGGUUUAAUAUCAACAAUAACAAAUGAUAAUACAUUAAUUUCAACAGUUGAUUGUAUUAAUAAAGUUACAUUAUGGAAUAAAUCGGCUAUAUCAACAACAUCAACAAUAUCAUCACCAACAUUAUCAAUGAUAACAAAUGGAAAUUUAAUUACAGCUAGUCAUGUAACAACACCAACACCACCACCACCACCACCAAUAACAACAAUAACAACAAAUCUAUGUCAUUCAGAAUCAUUAUCCGAACAUUUAUCAUCAUCAACAUCAUCAGUCCAAUGGUGUAAUGAGAACAUAAGAUUUACAUAA